AUGCUGAAAGAGGAGAUCAGCUAUGGCGGCGACACUAAUAAAGAGAACGACGGAGAAGUAGCCGACUCAUCGGCUAAUCAAUCUGAUCACAGUACUACUCAUUUCACUCAACGUCAAUCCGACGAGGUUUAUUUCAACUCUUUGCAUCAUCCGAUGCUCCAUGGAAAUGCUAACCGGAGAUCAAUGCCGGUAGUUAUGCCUUCGGAAGAUUCAGUCGAGGAUAAAUCCGCUACAGAUUUCACGACCGAUAACCGCAUGCAGGAAACUCGUUUCGUUCUAGAAUAUCAGCAACUGUAUAAUCAGUAUGCGAUGUUAAUCGCUCGUGUUCAGGAAUCCCUGGGAGAAGUUGAAUCACUUCGCCAAGAGAAUGAUGAUCUUCGUUUUGUCAAUUCUGAUUUGAUGAAACGAUUGAGUCUUCUAUCGGAAGCUACGAUACAAAAUUGUAUUCUCUCAUCUGGCCGGUCGCCUCUAUCCUCAAUUGCCAAUGACUUGAACCGCCUCAGUCUAGGAGGAAACGUCGGAGAGGAUCUCGUCGCUAGCGAAGUUUCCAGUGUUAGUCCAACCAGCACCAUUGAACAAGAUCAAUUUGAAGGACCGGCGCCUAUGGAUCGUGUUUCACUGCCAAAAAGCAUCUCCGUUCGCUCAAGCGGUUACCUAACUAUUUCUCAUCGCGGUGGAAGCCGAGGAGGUCCUAGCAGGGGAAUCCAGUCAAAAAACGCCAACUCAAGCGGAUCGCAGCAACGAGUUUAUGUGCCAAGGGGUAAGAGAGAGGAGGAAGCGAUGGAAUUCGAGGUAUACAACCAGGGGAUGUUCAAGACCGAACUCUGCAACAAAUGGCAGGAAACAGGGAAAUGUCCAUAUGGAGAGCAAUGUCAAUUUGCACAUGGCAUCACUGAGCUGCGUCCAGUGAUCCGUCAUCCACGUUACAAAACAGAGGUCUGCCGAAUGGUUCUUGCUGGCGUCCCUUGUCCAUAUGGCCACCGUUGCCAUUUCCGCCAUUCCCUAACUGAUCAGGAAAGACUUCUCGGGCCACUUGCAUUCAAUUGAUGAAGUACUUUGGAGUUGAUUUGGUAAAUUCUUGUUUGAUCAUAUUC